GAAACGCUGUUUCAAAUUUUCAGAAAAUCCAAAACGAAGAAGGGACACAAGAGUGGGCGCCAAGGGCAAAACGAAGGCGACUUGGAGGGAGACACUCCUCGAUCAAGCCCUAGAACCCAGCGCUUUCUGAGAGCUCCUCUCUACUUCAAUCAUGGCGAUUGCUCGAACUGGAGUCUACGUCGACGAUUAUCUGGAAUAUGCCAGCACAUUUCCUGCUGAUCUUCAGAGGCUUCUCAAUACAAUCAGAGAACUCGACGAUCGCUCCCAGUCGAUGAUUGACCAGACGCGGCAGCAGACGAAAUACUGCCUGAGUUCGAAGAAAGGCUAUAAUAAUAGUAGUACUGAGGAUGAGGAGUCCGCGUUUGAAAAACAGCGGAAGGAUAUUGAGGCGAAUCAGGAUAACGCGUUGAGUUUGUGUACUGAAAAGGUUUUGUUGGCACGUCAAGCAUGCGACCUGAUUGAUAGCCAUAUUAAACGACUUGAUGAGGAUCUAAACAACUUUGCAGAAGAUCUGAAACAAGAGGGAAAAAUUUCACCAGAUGAACCAGCAGCUCUCCCUCCACUGCCACUAGUUUCGAAGAAUGAAAAGCGCAAACCAAUAUACAUUGCACCUCAAUCUAAGAGGCCAGAUUACAGGGAUCGGGAUUGGGAUAGGGAGCGUGAUCGAGAUUUCGAGCUCAUGCCUCCUCCAGGAAGCCAUAAAAAGGAUUUUGCACCUUCACUUGAUGUUGAUCAGCCCAUUGAUCCAAAUGAGCCUACAUAUUGCAUCUGUCAUCAGGUGUCAUUUGGAGAUAUGAUUGCUUGUGACAAUGAAAAUUGUCAAGGAGGUGAAUGGUUCCAUUAUUCGUGCGUGGGACUAACUCCAGAAACCAGGUUUAAAGGAAAAUGGUACUGUCCAACCUGCAGAGCCUUACCACAAUGUCAAUAAUGGACGCAAAUUUCAGAAGCCUGCGGUGGAUAAUUCAAGCGGUAAGCUUUCUUUUCUCAUCUUUUUACAUUGCACUGAAACCAAAAUGGGCCUUAUAAUAAGUGUAAGUUGUAACAAUGUUAGUUUAGUGGCAAUGAGAGAGCUUUUAUUUGAAUAUAAUCAUUCAGCUUCACUCAUCAGUCAUCCUACUUUUACCCUUUCUUUUUGUUCCUUUUCCUUUUUGUUAUUUUGGGAUGUGUUUCAAUUUGGAACCGUUAAACCAAGCUUUAGUCCUUUUUUUCAUCAA